UUGUAGAAAGAAGGCAAGUGAAGGAGCUAGGUUAAUAUAGCUAGAAAAAGUAAUGUCUAGCAGUAGAAGAUCAAGUUCAAGAUUCAGUCAAGAUGAGAUUAAUGAUCUCGUCUUGAAACUGCAAUCUCUUUUGCCAAAUUCCUCUUCACGUUGCACGUCGACGGUACCAGCACCAAAGAUAGUAGAGGAGACGUGUAAUUACAUCAGAAUGCUGCACAAUGAGGUGGAUGAUCUCAGUGAGAGGCUUUCCCAAAUACUGGCUUCUGUGGACACAAAUACUGUUGAUCUUCUAGACACUUUAAUAAGUCUUCUUCAACAGUAAAACCAUCAUUCCCCUUCCCCACUACAAGAGCAAAUUUAAAAAGAAAGUAAACCCCAGGGGUAUAGGCAUCUCUCAGUGGUUGUUAAAUAAGAAAUUGUAUUAAUUAGUAGAUCCUUUAUUUUAGUAUUUUAUUUCCAUUUCCUGCUUCACUAGGUUAUAUUCCGUGCGACUCCUUGGUUGGUACUUAGAGUUUUAUACGUGUCGCAAAUAUAUAUAUCUUUAUGUAUUAUGGAUAUAAGUUAUGUUUAAUUGGUGUAUUUGGUUCAUGUUGGUAAUUCUGAAACAA